AUGGUACCAAAAAUGGGGGAAACAUGGACAUCGGGUACAGUGGGAAUGGUGUACAACGCUCCAGAGUUUGUCGUUGUAUCCGACAGUAAUGGGGAUCCGCUGGAGCUCCCAACCACACCAGACAACGGCUUGUUCAUGUCUACACUUCAAGCUUCGUAUCCCGGUGCAACGGGAUUGAAAUAUAAAAAUCCAAAAACUGGAGCCCUGAGAGCUGUCGCGCUUGACGCUAACGGAACAAAACUUUUACCGCCUACAGAUGGUUGGGACGACAAAGUAUUCAUAGUGAUUACACCGAACAAGCGAGGUUUGAUCAUAUGA